GUUCUUGUAUGUUUGUAUGCGUUCUCUCAUUUGCGAUCGAAUAACGUGAUCCUUCACAAUUCGUGUCUUUUGUAGAAGGUUGAUCUAAUAGUAGUUUUGCCUAAAUAUCUUUAGUUUUAUAUUGUUAGUUUUCUUUAGAAACCUAUAACUUUAAUUAAAAAUGCCACCUAAAUUCGAUCCCAGUGAAAUCAAAGAAGUUUACAUGAGAUGUGUUGGUGGAGAAGUUGGUGCUACAUCUUCUCUUGCUCCAAAAAUCGGUCCAUUGGGUUUGUCUCCCAAGAAAGUCGGUGAUGAUAUCGCUAAAGCCACAUCUGAUUGGAAAGGUUUGAAGAUCACUGUCAAAUUGACCAUUCAAAAUAGAGUAGCUACAAUUUCUGUUGUACCUUCUGCUUCAUCAUUGGUGAUUAAAGCUCUUAAAGAACCACCACGUGAUAGGAAAAAGGUUAAAAAUGUUAAACACAAUGGAAAUGUUACUUUGGAUGAAAUUAUCAAUAUCAGCAGAACUAUGAGACCAAGAUCUAUGGCCAGAACAUUGGCUGGAACCGUAAAAGAAAUUUUAGGAUCAGCUCAGAGUGUUGGUUGUACUGUUGAUGGAAAAAAUCCUCAUGAUAUCAUUGAAGGUAUUGAUGAUGGUACUGUAGCUGUUCCAGAAGAAUAAAUGUUGAAUUUGUUUGUUUUUUGAUCAAAUAAAGUAUAUUAUUCUUCUUAUUAA